AUGGAUCCCUUUCAGCUGGUGACCUCAACCAACUGCAGUGCCCGGCGUGGAUACCUCUGCACCCUGGGUACAACACCUUCAGUAACCCCAUUUUAACAUGCCUUAAAAAAACAGAUAUGUUGCAACGUUUUCUUUCAUUAUUUAGUGUAGAGGCCUCAAUGAUAUCCUGCAUGAAAUUUGUGCUGUAUAAUUCUUGUUCUACAGAUUUGAAUUUCUCUUCAAAUGCAUCAAAGAGUAUGGUAAGUGGCUUUUAUUAGUUGGCUUUAUCCGUUGUUGUAAUCCUAUGGUGCAGUGUCAGUAAAGGUAUUAUGAAUUUGAAUGGUUCUUGUUGACUUCCAUAGGACAAACAAGGCGCAAGUGGCAAAUCAAGACUCCAGAGAAGCCAUCAAAUUAAAGUCAACCGUGAGUUGGUGGGAAGUAUGGUGGCAAAUUUGUUUCACCGUUUUAACCAAUCAUGUACUUCCAUGAACUAAACGUCUCGCUCUCUCUCUCUCUCUCUCUCUCUCUCUCCCCUUCUCUCUCUCUCUCUCUCUCUCUCUCCCCCCCCUCUCUCUCUCUCUCUCCCCCCCUCUCUCUCUCUCUCCUCCUCCUCCUCCCCCCUCUCUCUCUCUCUCUCUCUCUCUCUCUCUCUCUCCCCCCCCCCCUCUCUCUCUCUCGCUCUCCCCCCCCCCCCUCUCUCUCUCGCUUAUCCUACAGGUAUGUCAAGGAGUCUGUUUAGCAUGGAGAAUCAGGUGACCAAUGUGGAUGAGCUCCUCAAGGUCAGAAAUGCUGCUGUGUUAAAAGUGCAGUGUGAUAUUUGUCACAAUUAUAGUUUUCAGUGGUUGGGAGUUUUAUAGUCUUAUCCUCUGUUUUGUUUCAGGAGGCUCAAAUGAAACUGGAAAGAAUGGAAAUGGCUAUAGGAGAGCCUACAGACGCCAACGGGGUAAAGUAUCACAAUGACGAUGGACAUGUAGUAAGAGGGGUGUGGUCAGUGGAGUAGAUUACAGAGUUUAGGGCCACUGGAACCUUCAGUCAAAGUGCUCUCUCUCACCACAGAGAUGUAUUGUUAUCAAAUCAGCAAACAGUGAAUAUGAUUAAAUAAGUGAUAGUGCUUAAUCUGGUUAAUUUGGGCCUAACCUAUGUUCCCUUCUUCAGCAGAUAAAAUACCUUGAGCUUCUACUACAGGGAGCCCAGCUACUGUUUCCAAGUAAUUUGAAAUUAGAUAACACGACUGCUAGCCUCAUCAUCAACUGCGCUGGGGGAGUCAUACUCCUCAAAAUGAAAAGAUGUGGCGUGGACAGUGACACUAAUGUGGUGGGUCAAGCAAUUAUAACUUUCAUCUUUAUUCCACAGUAGGUGCAUGUAAAAUGUUAAUGUAUGCCUACAUACUACUGUAAACCAACAGUAUACAUCUGUUUUUAGUGUUGGGACAUAUGACAAAAGUGGAGGUCAUAGAUAGGGCAUUUCGCUGAUGUUCUGCUGUCUUCAAACAGGACAAGGAAAUGUUUGAUUUGGCCUUUGAGAUUUAUAAGGCAGUAAGCUUAGUGGUGACCACAGAAUCUAAUGAGCCCUUCUUCAUGAAGCACCCAACAGGCAGCAUCUACCAGAUCAGGUUAGUGUUUACAACCCGGGGCUCCUCCAUCUCACUCAUUGGUAUAGCCUCCAAUUCUACAAUCUUAGAAAAAAGGGUUCUAAAAUGGUUCUUUGCGGAGGGAUAGGGUUCUACAAAGAACCGUUUUCAUCUGAAGAAACCUUUUUGAAAGACAAUGGUUUUUUGUAAGGCAAAUAGUUCUACCUAGAACCUUUUUCAUACUCAUAACCGUAGUUCUACAUAGAACCCUUCUUAAUCUGAGUAAGCUUUAUUAUUAUUUUUAUUUUUCUAACAUUUUAGCAUUCGGAGUUUGAGUAAUCUGAUAAAUGUAAAAAAGAUAGGUGUGAGAAUGUUUUAAACUGUACCUAUAUGGGAAUAUUUGUGUAUUUAUCUGGUAUUCCAUUAAUAAUUUCUAGUGUUGAUUCAGGAGUUAAAUUAACAAUCAGUUGUGUAAAAGAGCCCCAGUGUUGGUGUUAAUAACCAGAGUUAAAUAUCAUACAUAUUCCUAAAUAAAUUGUGGGUGCAAGUUGUGGGCGAUUGAAAGUGCCAAUUGUUGGAUAUCCUCACUCUGGCUGGAUUCCAAUAGGAACUACACAUCACUUUGCAAGCCAGCAUAAUGUGGCCUGUAAACCAGGAGUUUCUUGACACCACUGUGUUAGGGUAUAACUAAUCCCUCAAAGAAAGGCCUUAUGAUAAACGUAAUGUAUUGUCAUAAAGAGUUUAAUUUUAAAGGAUUAUAAAACUGGUGGAAACCGUUCAUUGAGGGUUCUAGGAAGAACUCUUCAAAGAUAUAAGGGUUCUCGGUAGAACCCUUCAUAGAGGGUUCUAGAUAGAACCUUUAGAGGAUAAAAGGGUUCUUGGUAGAACCCUUCAUAGAGGGUUCUAGGCAGAACCCUUCAUAGAGGUUUCUACCUAGCAACAAAAAGGGUUCCCCUAUGGGGACAAGCCAAAGAACCCUAUAUGGUUCUACUUAGCACCAGUAAAACUAUGCAUCUUGCUGUCCUCUACUUGAAUGUGAGCCACCUGACUCUUGUCUCGUCUCCCUCAGCCUCACCCCAUCACAAAUGGAUAACAAGGUUCUAGGGUCAGAGGACGAUGCAUACAUCAAGCUUCCAUCUUUCUCUGCAUUGAAUUCCUCUCUGAAAAACCUCUCAGUUGUUAAUGUACAGGUCUGUACGAUAAACAACAUUGAUGAUGCUGUUUUGUUGUGCAAAUAGUAUUUUAUUCUGAUAUUUUUUUUAUUCCUCUCAGGUGACCACUUUUAUAGGCAGCCCAUUUCCGUCGACUGAAAAUAUCACAGGAACAGUGUGUACUAUUGUACUAAGGGAUGGAUUGAAGGAAAUCGGUGUACAAAACUUGACAGAGCUAAUUGAGGUAGGCUACAGGAUAGGCCAACUUCUUUAACUUUAAUCUGCUGUCAUUUCAUCCUCGUUUCCCUAACAAAGACGAGGGAACCAAUGUAAAUAGGUUUGGUUGUUUCUCUCCCUUCUCUAUAGAUCAUUCUGCCACGCCCAGAUGCUCCUGUGCUCUCUGGCACGACUGUAUCCUUGGAGGAAGGGGCUCGGGUUGGGACCUCUUUCAACACUACGGACCCCAACAUCACAGUCAUAUUCACCGUAGAGCCCAGUGUCAAUGUGUCCAUACAGCUGCUGCUGGGCCUGGGCUCCCCACCCAAUGACACCCAUUAUAAACACCGUACCGUCCUGACACAAACAGGUAGAGGAGGAUUUCACCACCAUAUUUACUGCUAGGCAUAACAAUACAUCCGCUGUGCUUCUGCUUUCAGUCAAUCUAGCUGUCUGGUAUGUACGUAGAUUCACAUAGUACUUUGAUAUUCAUGGUGACUCACAAGCUUUAAGACAUGUCGGUCCGACAUUUCACACUGUAAUUGGAGGUCGGGCUCUCAAAGGUACUGUUGGUUUGCUUUCUUAGUCUGGGUGGUACAUAGUAAGCCAUGUUCAUAGCCUACUGUGGUCUUUCAGAGGGUUAUCGCUGGCUGGUCACCCCUGAGAUGAUGGAAAAGGAAAUAGGCACCUGGUAUGUGAAUGCCAGUCUGUUUAACGCAACGUGGAGCAAGGGCCUGACACUACAGAUCACCACCUUCACCACUAAGUGCAUGUACUGGAACACUAAACAGCUGAGCUGGAGCAUAGCUGGCUGCUGGGUGAGGCUGCUAUUAAAGACAUCAGUUUAUGAACAAACCCAAUUGGUCAGUGUAGGUAUGUGUGUUUGUGACAUUGGGUUUGUCUGUGUUGUCUUGUUCUAGGUGGGUAUACAGUCAACUCCCAGGAUGACACAUUGUCUGUGUAACCACCUGUCAUCGUUUGGGAGCUCUUUCAUUGUGAUGCCCAACUACGUGGACGUGUCGCUUACAGUUCAGUACUUUUCAAAAGUGAAUGAGAACUAUGUGGUGGUGGUGUUGCUCUCUGCCUUCUUUGGCCUGUACCUGGUCACUCUGCUCUGGGCCUGCUAUGCAGACAGGAGGGCACUCACCAGGGUGAGUCUAUCAAGGCGUGUACAAACACACACACACACACACACACAUACACACACAUACACACACAUACACACACACUCACUGAAACACUUGUUUUGUUCACAGAGGAAGAUGACACUCCUGAAGGAUAACCACCCAUGUGCCAGUUAUAACUACCUACUGAAUGUCCAGACUGGCAGUCGGAGAGGGGCGGGUACCUCUGCCAAUGUAAGAUGGGGUGGUAACUGAAUAGAUCCUUCAUUCAUUUCUGUGGUCAGUUUACUUAGCAUAGGAAUAUCAAUACCAGUAUCCAUGCUAAUCAGAGUAUUUUUUUAUGUAGGUUACAGUCAAGUUGUUUGGCACAGAGGGGGAAAGCGAGCCCCACCACCUAAGUGACCCUGAUAAACCAGUAUUUGAGAGAAGGGGUGUGGACUUGUUCCUGGUGACCACACCCUUUCCCCUAGGGGAGCUGACGGGCAUCCAGCUGUGCCAUGACAACUCUGGGGGGCAUCCUUCCUGGUAAGCAGCAGGGCAGAUCACACCAUCAUCCUUGUAAUUAUUAUGACUUUUGUUUAAGUCAAGAUCUUUUUGAAAUCACUCCAUACUUUCCAUUGGCAUGUUUACAAAUGAUUUGUGGCACACUGAACUCUUAGGUUCUGUUAAGAACCUGCAGGGACAACUAGGACCUAUAAAUACUGGGCUGUUAAAGUAGUUUAGGGGUGACAUUAUCAAGCUUUGCUCCCCUCACCCUAGGAGACCUGGUUGAGUUUCAUCACAAUGACACUUCAAAAUAUUAUCUUUGCCUCCUCCUCUCCUAAAAUGCCCCUUUAACUGGCUGUUUAACACCUGUCUUAAAGGUCUAAUGCUGCCGUUUUGAUCUCAAUAUCUAAUCAUUUCUGGGUAACAAUUAAGUACCUUGAUUGUUUUCAAUGAAAAUUGACAACCAAAAAAAAAAAGCUUCUUAGCAAAGAAUUUUGCUAGGACUCUCUGGGAGUGGGGAGGGGAAACAUAGCUGUUAUUGGGAGAGAGGUUUGGAACUCUCUUUCUUAUUGGACUAUUGUCACCAGGCAGGCCAAAACUCCAUCCCACCAAAACAGGCUGAAAUUCCAGGCUGUCUUUUUAAACAGCUCUUACACUAAAAGGCAUUAUCAUCAAUUUCACAGUAUUUUUCCAACCUCAUAGUGUGGAAAUAUAAAACACAGGAAAAUCAAGGUUUUGACUGCACUGGGCCUUUAAAUACCACAACGAAAAACAUUGCAACCCAUGCUAUGCUGGCAGGGACUUGUUUUAGUUUCUAUCUCUACAGUCUAGGAAUCUCUAUCUCUACACUGAGGGAAUAAUACAUAGUUUCCUGAGUGUGACGUCACGUUUCCUCCCACCAGGUAUCUCAACAAGGUGACAAUCCAAGACCUGCAGACACAGAAGGUUUGGCACUUCCUGUCCUCAUCAUGGCUGAGCUCCGACAGAGGGAAGGGGCUGACCAAGAAGACCCUCAAUGCUGCCAAGAAGAAUGAGAUCAGAAGCUUUAGGUGACUGACCAGAGUACAAUGUUACAAUAUUUAUGUAGAGGAUUUCUAAGCAAGAUCAAACAUCUUGCAAUGUGUCAUGGAUUGUUAAUUCUGAACCCUUGUAUCCUAGUCUGCUUUUCCAAUGUAAUAUCCAUGACUUCCACCCUGGUCAUCCUCUAAUGUCCCACACUUUCUAUGUCCUAGAAAUAUUUUCCAGACCAGGACGUCGACAGGCUUCAGAGAUCAGCACAUCUGGGUGUCCAUCAUAGACCCUCCCUGGCGUAGCCCCUUCACCCGAGCACAGAGGGUGUCCUGCUGCAUGAGCCUCCUGCUCUGCACCAUGGCCAUCAACAUCGCCUUCUGGAAGAUCCCCAAAAACCAGCAGUCUCCUGUCAUCGUCACCAUUGGUAAAUCCAUAGAGAUACAACAUUAUAUUGGGAACUGGAUAAGUCCUUGUGGGUGAGUUAAUCAGUCCUCUUUUGUGACUGUGCCGUUCAUAGCCCACAGCUAAUGAGCUGCCUCUGAUAAGGAUGGGCAAUUUUAUUCUCCACUCACAUAGAAUUGGGACAUUUUGGCUACCGGAAAAAGUAUUUUCUACAGUAAAAAGAGAGCAGUGCAAUACAUGGGAAUUACGAUUAGCCUGCAAUAUGGAUGAUAACAUAUCGGACUUUUUAGAUGCAGCUGCGUUAAGUAUCAAAGACAAGGACUUGUCUCAGUUAUAAAUGCCAGGUCCCAUUCAAGGCUUUUUUGUCCUUGGUGUUCACAGAGUUACAAGGACUAGUAGUUGUAGGCAGUGGAUGGCUCCUCAUAACCCUUCAAUGGACAACGUUUCAGCCACAUUCUUUCAACUAUCCAGCCCUGAAAGACCUUGUCACACAGCACAUAGUGGUUAUUCAAUGACCCCAAGCCCUUGAUAAACCUUUCAUAUGGCUGAGACAUACUUGACCCAGAACAACACAACAAGUGUUCAGACAUUGAAUUAUAUAUUGAGUGAUAUAGCCUCUGUUAUUGUGCCUUGACUCCAUAAUGGUGUGUGUUUUCUUGUCCCAGGUUCGUUAGAGGUCACUUGGGAGGAGAUCAUGGUGGGGGUGGAAAGCGGUUUGCUCAUGUUCCCCAUCAACAUCCUCAUCAUCACCAUAUUCCGCAGUAUCAAGCCACGAUUCCUCCAACCAAAGGAGAAAACCCACGAUAUGCAGGGCCUGAAACCCAUUGCUGUUACCAUGCCAACCAUUCUUAAGGUCCUCUCUUUACAUGUUCAAAAGAAAGUGUUUUUGCUGUGUUAUAGUUCAGCUCCAUACUUUAUCUAUAACCUUCAAACACUCCUUUUGUUUAUUCCUUUAAGCUGUGCCUUUGUCUUACCUUCAAGGCCAUACCUUAUGUUAUUGGUUAUAGCAACCAAUAAGUUGUUCUGUCCUUAAGUACUGUAUUCCUGUGUAUUGUGUCCCUAUCUAGGACACAGAGGAGAUGGUGAAUCUGCUCUGUAAGAGCCAGAGGAACAAAGUGCCUGAGCUAGAGAAGAAGCCGGAGUCAUGCGAUGACCUUUGCUCAGCCUUGGACAGAGUGCAAGGGGUCAUUCAGCUUAUGCAAGGUGCUUCACUGACACUGCAGGAGCAACCUUAGAAGUCACAUUAAAGCAAUAGUUGGAAUUGCAGUCACGUAAUUCCAGUUCACACAGGUUUUGAUAUCAUUGUAAUUGUUGGAGAUGUCUUGAAAUUUGACAUAUCUGCCUUCGUAUCACUAGGGUUGAGUGAGAGUGACCCACACUGGGUCUACUGCAGCAAGUUUGUCAUGUACUUCCUCCACCACCUGUCCAUGUGCCUGGAGCGGCUGGAUGAGAGUGCCUUCCCCACCCCAGAGGCCCGUCAACACAUCCUGAACACCGUCCACCUGCUACUGAAGACGUCUGAGAUGGUUUUUACCAGCCACAUGGCUUACAGGUUGGACAAUAUACCUGUGCAGAGAGGGGAAUAUAAAUAACAUUAAAAGAUUGGCUUUUCAAAAAAACACUUUACACGUCAUUCUCUUCCUCUCAAUUUCCAAUACAGUUGAAUUGCUCUGUAUUUGUGUGAAUAUCGUUGUCGUACAUUACUCUGACCAAGUACCUAAACAGACUUGUGUUUCCUCUGUGACUCCUCUCCAAGUCCUGCCCGUGUUGCUAAGGAGAAAAGGAAAAGCUCAAGCUGCUGGCUACCCUGGUGGUUUGUGUUCGUGGGCUGGUUCUUGCUCGUCUCCAUCAGUGUUGUGUCCACGUACUUCACCCUGAUGUACGGCUUUGCCUAUGGGAAGGAGAAGUCCAUCCAGUGGGUUAUCUCUUUGGCCAUGUCCCUCUUCCAGAGCAUCUUCAUCAUGCAGCCUCUUAAGGUAAGACCAGGGCUCUAUAUCUUACAUGAAUAACAUAGUCCUGAAGUUCUGUUCAAUCAGUCAAUUAUCAGCAGAUGUAAAAACAAGAAUUUCAUUUGAUUCUUGGGUUUAUUCUCAGGUGAUUGGCAUGGCGAUCUUCUUUGCCCUCCUCCUCAAGCCAGUGGCAGUAGAAGACAGUGAGGAGGUUGGACUACUCCUGAAA